AAUUGUGUAUAUUUGUCAUAUAAUAUUAAUAAGAAUUUUAAUAUAAAGUUAUACAAAUAUUUGAAUAAGAAUGUAUGAUAAGGUUGAAUGCCCGGAAAUUAAAACCAUUUCGUUCUUAUUGACACUAAUGUUAGAAGAUAUAGAUCGAUUGUCGUUGAGUAUGUUUAUAGAGAAAUUAAAUAGUGUUUAGUGCUAAUGCAUUCAUUAAUAAAUUAUUAUGUCGCCUUGCUAAGAUAGGAGUGUAAUAUGUCGUUUCAAUAAAGUUUAACAGACAUACGUUGUCAGUUUGUAGUAAGAACUAUAAUAAUGAUGAACACAGUUACUACCAUGGAACAAGCUAUACAUCCUUUAGUCUUGACCUUUAAUAUUCUCGGUUUAGGUGUUCACAUUCCAGAAAAACUUUAUAUAAGUAUUUUCUAUAAUGUGACAUUGUGGAGUGCUUACAGUUACCUUUUAUAUUAUAUAAUAAUUACAUUUGAAUUAGAAAUGUUGUUUCUAGCAACUUUUACGGCAAUUAAUAAUGUGAUUAGUUUUCUAAUCAGUAUUAUAUCCAUGAUUAUGAAUUUAUAUCAACAUAAGAUGUUCAAGAAAAGACUUGCUGCUGUAGACGAUACAUUGGAAGAAUUAGGCACUUGUAAAAUAUAUCAAAAAUUGCAUAUAUUUAUAAAAAGGGUAUUAAUUGGAUGGCUAGUGUGUACCCAAAUAAUGAAUAUAAAUGAUAUGAUGUGGUGGUUACGUACACAGGAUCACUGGUAUUCAAUUAUACCUUACAUUGUGAACCACUAUAUACAUGUCAAUAUGCUUGUAGCUUUAUUAUUUAUAACUUUUUUAUGGUAUAUUGGUACCAGAUUUGACAAAUUAAAUGAACACAUAAGAAAUUUAUUGUUGGGAAAGGAACACAAUGUAAGAUACACAUGGAGGAAAGCAGUAUGGACCAGUAAUCAAUACAUUAUGUGUAUUAACAAUUAUAAGCAUGUUUUGUGGACAACAAUGCAUCUUCAUUUGGAAUUAUGUCAACUCGUUCGUGAAUUAAAUGCUAUGUUUGAAAUACAGAUGACUAUGGAGAUGGUAGCUCAUUUGAUAUUUCUGACAAGAUUAUUUCGUUUCUUUAUCGUACAUAUAACAAUGGACGUUUUUAUAUUAUCGCUAGCAGAUUGGAUUGAUGUUUAUUUAUGGGUGUUUUUAUAUAUAGCUAAGCUUUUCUGCUUAAAUUAUAUUUGCGAAAGUGUUAGCGCUAAGUCUAAUGAAAUGAAUACAAUAAUUCAACGAUUGACAGAUUUCCUUCAAUAUGCCGACGUUCGUGACGAGAUUUAUCAAUUUACGUUGCAAAUAAGACGUCAUCCAUUGAAAUUAUCUGGACUGGGUCUCUUCUAUUUUGGCAAUGGUUUUCUUCGAAAAUUUGUCAUGUCAGUUUUGACAUUUGUGAUUAUCAUAAUUCAAACACCUGGCGCAUUUAAAGUAUUUACAUACAUGGGAUUUUAAGAAUCUGUUCAACUUGAUAUUCCUCGAAGGUAUGAUAUAUUACAAUAUGAUAAAUUAUAUGGAAGCUGUUGUUUGCAAAAAUGUAUAUUCUCAUUAUAUUUAUAUUUCAUCAACAUUGUCUAAAUUGAAAUUUUAUGAUAUCAAUGCCCAAAUGUCUCAUGUUUUAUUAUGUAACGACUUCAAGAUAUGUAUUUCUUUAACAACGGUAACAUGAAAAUAGAAUCAAAACUUUGUUGAAAUUAAAAAAUUAUAUACACAGAUAAAAAUCAUGGUAAAUUAUUUACUUCUUUAUGCUCCACCUUAAAAAUUUUGGUAUUAAAUAAUCCAAAUUUUAAUAAAUUUAUAUUCUAGUAAUAAUUUAUAGUUUAUAUAAAAAAUUAUACAAUAUUGGACAUAUUACUUUGAUCAUUUCGGAGAAUAUUUUUUGUUAACUUUGAUUUACGCUUUCUACUCUAAGAAGUCAAACAUCGCAAAUAAAACAAUUAAAACAACAUGUUAAUAAACAAAUGUUAUAAACAAAGUAUUAAACCAUUAUAAAGUUUAAAAGAAAUAAAUGAAUUUAUAUAUAUAGAAAAAAGUAUACUAAUACGAUAUAUAAGUUAAUAUUAUCAAAUAAAAAAUCAAAUAUAUUUGCAAUAUACAAUAUGUACGUAAAUUAUGAAUAUCGAUUGAAUUAUUCACCGCAUGCAAUAAUGAUUCAUCUCUUUUGAAAAUGGAUCGAUCAAUUUUAAUAUAAGUAAGUGGUGAAUGAAGUAUAUUGCAUUUACGAAGAUCUGCUAUUAUUAAAUUUUAAUACAAUCGUAAUACUCUAAAUGAACUUAACAGACAGUAUGUACAGACAGUUAGUAUGAACUUUCUAUAGUGAAUAGUCAUGAUGAUUACUAUCCAAUAAGUAUUGCAUUUUUUUAAAAUUAUAUGUUACAUUAUUGAUUUAGACUUUUAUCCAAAAACGCAGUCAAAAAUUAGAUAAAAUAUAAAUGGACGUCUUUUGUAUUGUUUGAUGAUUUGAUUUUUUUACCCUCUUUAUUAUAUAAUAACUCUUAUUACAAUCAGAGUACUUUACGAACACAAUCUUUGUAUAUACUCAGGAAAUUAACAUGCUUACGUCGAUUAUAUCUGCAUUAUAAGUCAUUAUCAUCGAAACGUAUAUUUGUAUAAUUCAGUGUAUUUAUCUAGAGUAUCCCCCAUAGAUUUAAAAACACUGUUUUUAAAGUUGCAAAAAGAAUUCAUCUUACAACAAGACAAUGUCUCAAAACAUACAUUACACCUUUCCAAAAAUUAUUUGCAAUUAUCAAAAAUUUUACAAAAUAAAGAAUAACCCGCUCUAUCCCUAUAUUAUAAUCCAAAUAGAAUUAUUACGUGCUGAAUUAAAUAGGAAGAGAAAUGAUUAUAGCCAAGAUCAUAACCCAAUUUAAUUAUUAAGAAUUCAAUCAGAGAGGCAAAUCACAAGUAAACUACAGAAGUUCUCCAGCAAGGACGAAAACGUAUCCAAACUGAAUUCUUGCAAAACUAAAUUCUUGAUCCGUCGUAGAAUACACAAAGCAGUGAUUAAGGCAAAAGACAGUUACUUCUCAGAAACAUAAAAAUUGAUGAAAGUUCUUUCUUCUAAGAAAUCAUUCGAGAAUGUAUAUAGAGUAAAUACUUAUUAUGAAACACUUUUUAUAUUUCCGUGAAUAGUAAAUUUUAACUUCAAAUUUGUACGCGUUUUUUAUAGUUAGUAUAUUUAAAUUUUAACACUAAAAUGUAAUAACGGUUUACAGGAAUACUAGAGAUUUCGAGAUUUACGACAAUAAAUUUUGUAAAACAAAAUCUUUUUAUUCUUUUAUAGAUUUGAAAAUUCUUUUCUAGAAUUAAAGUAUGCGCAUUACUAUCAGUUUAGAUUAUGGAGUUUAGCUUAUUCGAAAACAAACAAUUCAAUUUAAAACUAAAAAUUACUCUUCCUAAUCAAAGACAUAUAAAAACUGAUCAGAUUUUGAUAUUCAUUUUUAAGACAAUAACAUUUAUUUAAAAAAAUAGCGUUUAUUAAAUAAUUGAAUGUCUUUUAUUAAGCACAUGUCUUAUUAGGCAUCCUUACCCUAUAUGUAGCAAUAAAUGUAGCAAAUUAAAUGAACCUAAAUAAUGAACAUUUUAAUCAUAGAUUCACCAGUUUACUUUGCAAAUAAUGUAUCUGUUUGCGGGAGUUUGAUUUGCGCGGCUAAAGUAUGGGAGUCGAGACUAGGGAAUAGGUAUCGAGACUAGGUAGUAGGAGUCGAAGUAGAUAUAACGGGAGAAAAUGUAAUAGCAGAAAAAAGGGGUAAGUGUACAAUAAAAAAAAUUUCACUGUGAGCAUUGGAACAUUGAUUACCCAACGGUAUCAUUAAUUAAAAUUUACUAGAAUAGAUUUCUUCUACUUUGGGGCAAUUCAAUUUUUCAAAAAGUUAAAUGCAUUUUUAAUCUUUUUUUUAUUAUUUGAUGUUAAAUCGUAUUUAUAAUAGGGGUUUUAAAAACAAUCAAAUCAUUGUUAAUAUUCCUUUCUUUACAAAUUAUUUAUAACUUAUAUUUCAACAUUUUACUCUUUUGAAUAUAAUUUUUACACAAUAUAAACUACUUAAUAUUUUUUAUUUUAGUUUUGCGUUUUGUUGUAACUUUUGUAAUUAUUUAAAGACAAAUAAAUAUACCUUAACAAUUUGUAAGUAUAAGAUAAUUUUUCCUCAAGGAAAUAGCAAAGUUGAUAUCUUGUUAAACCGAAUAUCUGACUUGUGAAUUAAUCAAAAUUAUUUUUCACAAUUGUUUAAAUAACACUCUUAAACUAAUGUACGAAUAAUAAUUAAACAGUAUUAUAAAACUUUAUGAAAAAAUCCGGCAAAUACGCACACAUAAUUAGUGUUAUAUAUGGGUAUAUACCUGUACAUAAAUUAAAAAUUAAAAAAUUAAUCGCCUGGUAUCUUCUAUGCUUCAUAAUUUUUAACAAAUAAAAAUUAUAAAUAUUCAUAAUAAUAUUAAUAAAUUACAUUUUGUAAUUACUUAUAAUAAAUAAGUUUUCAAUUUUUCUUAUUUGUAGGUAAUCCAUAUCAUUGAUCACAGAAGCUUAUUAGUUCAUAAAUUAAUUCUUCAAACAAAACAUAUAUUGUUACUUAAUUUUUGUAUGUCAUAAAAUUUUAAUAAAAAUUUCAAUAGAAUAUUAAAUACUUUAAUUUAGAAAAAAGACUAUGUUUAUAUCGAUAGUUGUUAGUGUAAGAUAAUUCAAAUGGAUGUCGUCUGGUAUAUUUACAAAAAAAAAAAAA